AUGGCAGUACUUUCGAAACUUCAACUUCUGAAUUCAACGCUAACCUACAAGAGCUGGUCGCCAGCUUUUUUCGGAAUAUUCGGAUGCAUCACUAUUGCAAAGAUCUACUCAGCCAGUUUCAGGUACUCUUUCCCUUUCGAUUCUAUAGUUUUCAGUUCUAAGUCUAUUCAGAAAUGAAGGAAAAGGCCUGUCACUGUCUGAAACAGUUGGAUCUGCGUCUGCGAAGAAGUCAAAAGCCUCUCUGAACUCGGAGUUCUUUGCAAAACUACAGAAGCUGCUCAAGAUUCUGAUACCGGGUCCGUUCUGCACAGAGGUCUUCUACAUGAUCGUCAUCGGAUUCGUCCUUCUUGCACGGACAAUCGCCGACGUCUACAUGAUCACAAAUGCGACGAGCGUGGAAGCGUAAGCCUCAUUUCCAUUGAUCCAUCUCGACUGAACUGUUCUCCAGGUCGAUCAUCGACCGCAGUCCCAUAAUGUUCGCCAUGUCGGUGUUCAAGUAUUUCCUCAAUCUACCCACCAUUUCACUUAUCAACGCCCUUCUCAAGGUGGGUUUUCUCUUAUCUUUGGCGUUUCCGUUUUAAAGAGGAAUUAAAAGUAUACCCCCAAAAAUUCAAAAAUCAUGCCAGACUCUGUUUUCAGUUCUCGUUGUCCGAAUUGAAAUUGCGCUUCAGAGAGAAUCUCACGAAGCAUUUGUACGGAAAGUAUCUCGGGUACGUGGACGAGUAGGGAAAGAGCAAAAAGGGGGAAAGCUUCUAUUUCAGAGGAUUCACUUAUUAUCAAAUGUCGAAUCUCGACAAUCGCAUCCAGAAUCCAGAUCAGUUGCUGACUCAAGACGUCGAAAAGUUCUGCGAUGGAAUCGUUGAAUUGUAUUCGAAUCUUUCCAAACCGAUUCUCGACGUUUUCCUUUACGUCUUCAAGCUCGGAAAGGCUCUCGGAUGGGGCGGUCCGGGCAUUCUUUUCGGGUAUCUGAUGGCCUCUAUGGUCGUUUUGACAAAACUGAGAAAACCUGUGAGUUGGAGAGUCGGAGAGUCGAAGAACUAGGUGCCGUUUCAGAUUGCCAAACUGACAGUUCAAGAGCAAGUUCUCGAGGGAGAAUACAGAUAUGUGAACUCGCGAUUGAUCAUGAACAGCGAGGAGAUCGCCUUCUAUCAGGGUAACAAGCCGGAGGAGCAGGCACUCAUGGGAUCAUUCAACAACUUGGUGUACCAUUUGAGGAAAACCAUCAUGUUCAGGUACUUGAAAAAGUUCCAUUAUUCAACUGUUCUUCAGAUUCACGCUUGGUUUCGUAGAUAACAUAAUCGGAAAGUACAUCACGAAUAUCGUCGGAUGGCUCGCUUGCGCCAAGACCUUCUUCGAUGUCAACAAUGAAAAGUUUAAUGGAAUGGAUCGAAACGCGCUGAUGCAAGAGCUGUACAACAACGGAAGAAUGAUGUUGAAACUGUCGGAAGCACUCGGAAGAUUGGCUCUGGCUGGAAGGGACAUGACCAGACUGAGUGGGUUCACGACGAGAGUGGACACUUUGAUGAGUGUGCUCGACGAUAUGAAGCCGGAAAGUUCGAGAAGGCACAAGUGGCAGAUGAGAAUGGAAACGAAGAAGUGCAAAGACUGACACUGAAGGCAGGAGCAGGCAAACUGGUCGCUCUGGACAAUAUCAUCAAUUCGAAGACGUUCCGUUGGUCACUCCGAACGGAGACGUUCUUAUUGAGAGCUUAAGCUUCGAAGUUCCUUCCGGAAGAAAUGUGCUCGUCUGUGGACCAAACGGAUGCGGAAAGAGCUCGUUGUUCCGUACUUUGGGAGAGUUGUGGCCAGUGUUCGGAGGCACUCUGACCAAACCAGCAAAGGGAAAACUGUUUUAUGUGCCACAGAGACCGUACAUGACGCUAGGAACGUUGAGAGAUCAAGUGAUAUACCCGGACACUGCAUUCGACAUGGCAGCCAAGAGAUUAACGGAUAAGGACUUGGAGAAGAUGUUGGAGCACGUGCAACUGACUCACAUUCUGGAAAGGGAAGGAGGCUGGUCGGCAGUGCAGGACUGGAUGGAUGUGUUAUCGGGAGGAGAGAAGCAGAGAAUUGCGGUAAGAACUGGGUGAGAGAGGGUGGAAACAUGAUUCCUCGUAUUCCAGAUGGCUCGUCUCUUCUACCACAGACCUCAGUUCGCCAUUUUGGAUGAGUGCACGUCGGCAGUCAGUGUCGACGUCGAAGGUAUUCCAUUCAUUCUUCCGCGACCUUCCUAUUAAAUCCUUUUUUAGGAGCAAUGUACCGUCUGUGCAGAGAGAUGAACAUCACUCUGUUCACAGUUUCGCAUCGAAAGAGUCUCUGGAAAUAUCACGAGUACUCCCUCUACAUGGACGGCCGCGGAUCGUACCGAUUCGAGCAGAUUGACGACCAAUCCGAUCAGUUUGGAUCUUGA